AUGACCGUGAGCGAGCCUCGUUCCCGCCGCGUGGGCAUAAUGGAUCCACCGUCCACCUUCCACCGUGGUACUACUCGUUCCACCGACGCUCUCAGCUCACCCUCUGCUCCUCCAGCUCCUCCAGCCGUUCCAGACACGGCGCCCUCGCUGCCCCCUCUUCCCCCUCGGUCCCCCCUCAGACCCCCCGCCAACUCCGCAGGCUCUACUCACAGCUCGUCCCAGCCAGAUUCGCUCAGCAUGCCUUUGUUGCACUCCCGCAGCUUCGCUUCCUUCACCGGUCUCUCAGAAACUACUCGAGUUCGCUCAAAAACCCCUGACAAGCCUCUACCCAUCACACCGGAUCCUUCGACAUCCAGUUGCUUGUCUCCGAUCGAGGACGACGACCGCGAAGCUGACGCAGAAUCCACCGCGUCGUCACUCCUCCAUGCACCCGUAACAGUCACCAAGCGCACCCACGCCCUCCUCGAGCUUCUCUCCUCCGAGCGCGCGUAUGCCUCUGAUCUCGCUUUGAUCCGCGACAUACACAUCCCAUUAGCACUAGGCCAACCUGCGCCGUUCCAAGCGUCCUCGGUCUCGCCUCCGACAUCAUCAAGCUCAUCCUCGCGCACCCUUUCCACAGCAUCCGACUCUAGUAGCGGCUCAUCUAAUGCGGUCCCUCCCGUUCCUCCGAUGACACGGGAAGAUUCACGAAUUAUUUUCACUAAUGUCUCCGAAAUUGCCGUCUUUGCGGAUACAUUCUCCGAGCAGCUUGAAGAGGCCCUUGGGGCUGCCCUUGACGGCGGCACGGGUGAGGACCAUGUCGGCGCACUUUUCCUCGAGACGAUCCCCACGCUGGAGCCUCUCUACAAGGCCUACAUCACCAAGCACCCGUCCGCACUCGAGCAUCUCAAUAACCUGCCGCAGACGCGCGCCCUGAUCGCGUACCUCGCGCACACGCGUACGCUCGCGUCGAGCCUCACACACGCGUGGGACCUCCCAUCGCUCCUCAUCAAGCCCGUGCAGCGGCUGCUGAAAUACUCGCUCCUGCUCGGCGCGAUCAUCGACGAGACCCCCGAUUCCCAUGGCGAUAAGACGAAUUUAAAGCUGGCGCGGGAGAAAAUGGAGGAGGUCGCGCGCGACGUGAACGAGGGACAGCGGAGACGCGAGGUCGUCAAGGAGGUAUUGACGGGUGUUGCGUCUGGCUCGCCGACCAAGAAAGGGAGCGAGCCGAAGCCGAAGAAGAAGGGCCUGAAUCUGGGCGUCGCAACCUCUGUCAGUCUUGGGCGGAUGAAGAGCUUGCGGAGCUCUUCGCAGAAAACGAAGGAGGGGGCUGAGGCAAAUCAAGAGGCGGAGCAGGUCGUGCAGAUGGGCGAGGAGCUGAAGCGGUACGAGGUGUUCAUCCAGAAGCUCGCCAAGGAAACAGUGGACUGGACUGCUUCGGUGCGUGGGGUGAUGCAGCACCUGUUUGAGUGGGCAGAGUGCUUCGGGCGUAUCAUCUGGAUGUCGCGGGACAUCAAGUCCGAGGCUUUCGAUGCGUUCAUCACCGUCAUCAGCAGCCAGCUCUUACCUACAUGCAACGACCUCGCGGGUGUGAUCAAAAACAAGCUACUCAGGCAGCUGUCAGCUCUUAUGGACACUACACUUGCGCCGUUCCGUCUGCUUGAGGCGAUGCACACGCUUGAGCCACUCCAUUACGGCUUGCUCAACCUCAAUGUGUCAAAGUCACGUCCACCCCCGCAGCUCCUCGAAGCCUCGCAGUCUUACGUGGCUCUCCGUGCGCAGCUCUUCGCGGAAUUGCCGCAAUAUAUCGCAUUGCUGAAUAAGGGGAUGACACACUGCAUCUUGCAGCUCGCCAACUGGCAGGCGAUGUUCUGGCGCGAUGUGCGCGACCGCUGGGCCGAGCUGUGGGAUGCGCUCAAGGCCGAGGGUGAGAUGAACGCGGGCGCGGCGGAGACGGUCAGCGUCUGGUGGAAUCGCUUUGCUCAGGUCGAGGGCGCCGUCGGUGGGCUGAACAUUGUGCGACCGCCACGCCGCCAGGCAACUCCGGAGAAGCGCAAGGACCGCCCGCGCUCGCUCGAGAUGUGGAGUGAGUCGGGCUCGACUGUCGUCGUAUCAUCCGUGCUUUCCGCGCUGGAGCCCAUACAUAUACCACACAGCCCGUCGCACAACUCGUUCGCUGCAUCCCCCGCUAGCAUGAAGAGCCGCAGCACGCAUUCUAUCGAUCUUGGGCGGCGGCAGCUUGAGCGCCGCCCGUCGAACGAGAGUCUACGGUCGAAGAAGUCAGGCAAAUCGACUAGAUCGCUCAAGCUCACGCCAGAGAUAGCCCCAGAUGAGGCCAAUUACGUAUACGGUGCAUCAACGGUCUCCUUGCACAAGCCUGCGUACUCACGCACCAGAAGCAUGCCCAUAUCCUCUCCGACAGCGCUCAAAAAGUCGACCUCACAUGGACGCAUAAUCGAUACGUUGGAGAGCACCAGCGUCAGUGCGAGCAGCAGCUUGCAUAAUGUGACAUCAACAAUCUAUUCAGUCACUGAGACGUUGCUAGAUGACGACCGCGGCCGGCCGUCACGAAAACCAAGCUUUCGGCGGCGAUUGACCGACACCCUCCGCCCAAGCCCCGCGUCAUCCAUCAACUCACGGCAUCGCCGCUCGCCCUCGCUGCCCGUCAUAAGUGUCACCAACAUAUCCCCCUCGCCCUCUCCCAAAGCCGCUACGUUCACCAACGGGAGUAAGGCACCCGCUAUGUACUCCUGCCGGGUGGUGCAUCCCUGCUUACCGCCGCCGGGUAUCUCGUACAAAGGCCUGCCGUUCUUCACUCUCCGUGAGGACGAUGAAUUUGAGGUGCUUCGGGAAGCAGGUCAUCCCUCGACACAUCCAGAACUUCCACUGUACGUGGACGAUGGCGAGGACUGUCUUCUACUGGUACGCCUGCGCACGGGCGACAUCGGUUGGGCACUUGCCAGUUUUCUUGUUCCUGUGGACUAG